AUGUUUGCUUCGCCAGCUUCACCUUCAAAUACACAAACAAAAAUUUUAUUGAUAAAUCCAAAUAGUUCAUCCUCUAUGACAUCCACUGCAAUGAAAGCUCUCAUCGGCUUAGAAAAUUUUUCUUCCAAUCAAGUGGAUCAAUUCACUGCUUCCUCAGUUGCACCCUCUGAAAUUACAUCGUUUACAACUGAAGUUAUAUCCGCUGCUGCAUGUAUUCACAAUCUCAUUCCUCUUCUUGAACAAUAUGAUGGUUUCCUUGUUGCAUGUUUUUCUGAACAUCCUCUCGUUGAAAUGUUGCGCGAACAUACCGAUAAACCGGUAGUGGGUAUAAUGGAAGCUAGUCUUGUGCAUGCAACUUUCUUAGGACAUCGAUUUGGAAUUUUGACAACGAAUAAAGAAUGGGAACCAUUGCUUGCUAAAAGCAUUCAUCAUUUGGCACUUGAUCAUCGAUGUGGAGGAAUUAAAGCAACAAAUAUAUCUCCUGCUAGUUUGGAAUGCGUUGGACAAGAUAUUAAUGUUCCAAAACCAACUGAAAAUUAG